AUGUUAGUCCAUCUCCAUAAUACAUAUUAUGAUGCUAAGGCAACCCUGUUAUCAGAAGCUGAUAUUAAGGAAAUUAGAGAAUCAAGAGGAGUUAUUUUAUUUUUCUUCAGUCAGCCUGUUUUGGAUGAGAAUUUCCAAACUAAUAAGAUAAAAUAG